AUUGCGGCCAAAGUUCACGCCAAAAGUGUGGUUAGACGCCGCUUUUACCCAAUCUUUGAUACGUACAGCAACUGGAGGAAGAGUCUCUGAAAUUAUGACCUGCCCAAGUGAACAUUUUAUAUCACAAAAUAUCUUCAGAAGGAUACCGUUGGUGAAAGUCGAAGAAUAAUCUGUUUUAGGACGUACUGGAGUAAAAUUUUCUGGAUCUAUUUCAGGACCUCUCGAGAGAAAACCUCGGAAAAUGUCCAUUUGGGAUGAGAUCACGCUGAGAUUAGGAAACCCUGUCGUGGACAACAGGGUUGAAAAACCGUCAGUUGCUCAGACAAAUAACAGCAUGAAAGAAAAAUCCAAACCGGACAAAAAGAAAAGGACUAAAUCGAUUAUUAUCGGUCUCACCUACGGAUUAUUUUCUGGGUUUUUCUUCGCCUGUUGCGCCGCCAGUGUCAAGUAUCUCAGUGACCUCGACCCCGGUCAGGUAGCUUUCUACCAGUACAUAGCCAUCACCGUUUUCUCCUUGCCAAUGGUGAUAAGGGAUGGUGGUAAUGUUUUUGGACCGAAAUCAGUCACCAAGUACUGGUUUCUUUUGUGUGGUAUCUUCGAUGCUUUCACCGUCUAUCUGUCUUUCAUGUCCUUCAGGUACCUACCGUUAUCAGAUGCCACCGUUAUCACUUCCAGCAUCCCCGUUUUUGUGACUGUCGCAGCCAGGAUAUUCCUUAAAGAGAAAUGCGGCACAUUCCAAGUUUUCGCAAUUAUUAUUUCCGUAGCAGGGGUAGCCCUCGUCAGCAAGGUGCCUCUUUUGAUGGCCAGCAGGACAGAUGUGUAUACUCGAGAGAGUGUUAUAGGCCUACUGGCUUCUUUAGGAUCCAUGGCCACUGAAAGUGGCGUGUACCUGGUUCUGAGAAAGCUCCAUAAUGUCAAUGUGUUCAUCAUCCUGUUUAAUUUUGGAGUGGUGGCUACUUUCAUCAAUGCUCUUCUCACGAUAUCAUUCGGGGAAUUUUCAUUAACGGCUUGUGGACCUCAACAAGCAUUUGUGGUGGCCGUUGGUGCCUUCAGCUUCCUCAGUCAAUUAUCUCUCACUAAGGCCUUGGAGAUAGAAGAGGCUGGACCAGUAUCUGUUCUAAUGGCAGCCGGAGACAUCAUACUGGCUUUCAUUUUUGACAUGACCUUCUUCCAAGAUACUCCGGAUAUUUACACCAUUGGAGGAACAGUUCUUGUUAUAACGUCUGUCAUGUUGGUUGGUUUUAAGAAGUGGCUGGAUGGUAGCAGCAAGAAUUCUUACUUGAAGAUUAAGUUCAUGAAAAUGUUGCUGUAAGAACUCUAUCGGAAGAUCAUUCAUGUUUCUGUGUUACAACUGAUAUUUAUAAGUAGUUGAAACUUCGAUGAUUAUUUACUGUGUACACCAGGACAUUUACUUCGUAAUUAGAGCGAAUUUAGUUGUACGUAGUGAUGCACUCAGUGACGAUAUUGUGAUCAAAAGCUUUGAAGCAUCCUAGCAUCUUUAAAAAUUGGCUUUAAUCGGGAUCCAUUAAUUGUCUAAACUUUAAUAUUUUGGAUCCUCGUCUUCUGUUAAAUCGUCAAAACUCAGUUGUAUCGUCAUUUUAGAACUGCACAAUGAUGCUGAAUGUUAAUGGAAUAUUUAAUGCGGUUUUUUCAUUUCGAACUUUAUGUUCAAUGAUGUCUCAUUUUAAGAGCGUGAACAUUUAGAGGUUGUAAAUAAGUUGGUUCGAUUUUCUAAUGUAUUUCAAAAUGUACAAUCUUCUUUAACAUAGCCCAUCAAAACAUCUUAACACGUAUAAUGAAAUCUCAAUACGUGACUUACAGUAUUAGAAAUACUUACUUUUUGUGUGUGUUAUAUUUUAGAACUAUUUUAAUGUUUUUAUUGCUUCAAAAAAUAGACUUCUACUUUUCUUCAGGGUUUAUGAAAUUUCCUCCAUAAAUGUAAGCUCCACUCUUCUGCAAGAAACUUCUUUUAAGAAUAUACACAUAUGUUUCAGGAAUUAACUUCCCCAGAAAGUAAUGGGCAUUAAAAAUUAUCUUGUAUAUACUCUGUGUAUUCUGUACACACAGAGACUUUCUUUUUAAACAGUCGUAGCAUUAAAUUGAUUAAAAAUUAAUAAAUCAGGCGACAGAAUUAAAAAAAUGGCUCUUUUAGGAUGUGUUUGGAAGAAAAUUGUGAAUGAAAAGUUUAGCUGAUUUUAUUACUUAGCUAGAAAAGUGUUUCAUUAAAAACAUUCAUGGAACAUUUUUUCUAAAAUUUUGACAUUACUUGGUUUUUCGAUAAAUUCUUAAAAUGAAAAAAAGUAAUUAUAGCAUUAUGAAAUCAAAAUAUCAUUAGUAUUGUAAAUUUCAAUUUAAAAAUACAUUUCAUUAUAAUUUUUUCAAACUUUUUAAGGAUGAAAUGCAAUUUUCGUUACUGAGAUUUUUCAGCAGACAUUUAAUACGAUUCUUUAGUAUUUGUUUGAAUUUUUUUUUUUUUUUUUUUUGAUGUUUUCAAAUAUCUCAUCCUGAAACAAAAGUAGGUAUGGAGUAUUAUGAAGUUAAUAUAUAUAUAUUUCAUAUUUUUUUGUGGUAUUUUGUUUACGUUAAUGAACUGAAAAAUAUAAAUCAAAAUUGGUGCAAGGGCAUAAAAGUCAAUGAAAACAAACGAAUUCAUAUUCAUGAAAUUAACAGAUUCUAGUUUUAAAAAAAUGACACUACUUUAAAAAAUACAAAAUGUAUAAAAAAAAUUCCGUUAUAAAAUUAUAACAUGCAUGAUUUUUUUUUUUUUGUCUAUGUGAAAAACUUGAUAGUAAAAUUAUUGGACACAACAAUUCAAAACUUAAUUUGUAAAAUUAAAUCAAUUAACCAAAUUUGAUUACGCCAGCUAGAUUAGGUAAUAAAAAAAAUUCUGAAAAGAUAAUCAUUUUAUUAUCAGUUCAGACAAAAAUUUUCAGCAAGAGGAUUAAUUAUUGGUAUGGUUAAACUUGACAUUCAAUUAAUUGAAAAUAUUGUUCCAGUAUUUAUUAAAUACCGAGUUUCCUAACGUGUUUUGUUAUAAUAGAUAAUAUUUAAUACUUGUUGAGAAAUAGUUCCAAUUUUUCAA